UAAACUAAUUUAAUUUUGUAGUUCAUCCAAUCAUACAUGAUUUAUUACAAUAAAAAAGAUCAUUUUCACUUUGAUAAAACUAAAAAGGAAGUUGGUGUUAUGGUUAAUGUCAAACUGCUAUGACAGUGAAACGCCGGCAAUUUAAUUUUUACUGUGAUGGAUGAUGCGGAGGAACCAAUUUUUUACGACGAUGAAGAUGAUUUUGUUGGACAUGAAUAUUUACAAGACACGGAAUAUGAAUACGAAUAUGAAGACAUGGAACGAGAAACAUUAUUUGAACUGUAUCAAUAUUGCUUCUGCCCUACUGUUUAUGAUACCAUCUCAUACAUCUUACCACUACUUAUUUCUACGAUCAUAUUUAGAUUAUGCAUCCAUUCUCAACAUGUGUCACACAAGACUUUCCAUAUACUGUCAAUGUUGAUUGGUAUAUAUAAUAUUUAUCAUUAUGUGACAGAAUGUUUAUAUACAUUACUAUUAUUGUGUAUAAUUUCGUAUAUUAGUCUAUAUAUACCUAAAAAGUAUUGCAAAAACAUAGGAAUAUUUUUACCAUCUCUUUUUAUUAUUGCAUAUUGUGAAUUUUCUAUGCCACCAAUAACUUGGCAUAAAAUACGUAGCGUAGUAAUGACAAUGGCAAUGAAAACAAUCAGUGUAGCAAUAGACAAAAUAGACUCAAAUGAUUUGCCUAACAUUUACACCUACAUGGGAUAUACUUUUUGUGGUGUUACAUGUCUUUUUGGUCCAUGGAUAUCAUUUAAAGAUUAUAUGUCAGUACGUUAUGUUAACAGUCAGGGUAAGUGGUGGAUGAUUUAUGGCAUUCAAUCUAUGUUUUUAUCCAUAUUAUUUUUAACUAUUUCAAAUUGUUGGACACAAUGGAUAGUUAUGGAUAAUUCAUGGAAGUGGUUAUUGGCUUAUAGAGAUGCACUAUCUUUUCGAGCAUCUCACUAUUUUAUUUCAUACAUUGCAUCUACUUUAUUGUUAAUAGGAGGAUUUCCACUUUCCUUAAAAACUGUGGUAAAACCAUUAAAAAUUGAAUUUCCACGUUCUCUUGUAGAUGUUGUUGUUUGUUGGAAUAUACCAAUGCAUUUCUGGUUAAAAACAUACAUAUUCCGUCCUAGUAUUAAACAUUUAGGAAAAUUCGGGGCUGUAACAAUGACAUAUUUAACAAGUGCCCUAUUACAUGGAUUAAAUUUUCAACUGGCGGCGGUUCUACUUAGCCUCGGAUUUUAUACAUAUGUAGAAUACCAACUGAGGUCUAUGCUUGCAAAUAUUUUCGAUGCAUGUAUUGCAUCAAAGCAGUGUACCACAAAUAAAUGUAUACACACAUACAACACUCAUAAUUCUUGGUGGGUACUUAUAACAAAUAUGGUAUUUUCUGGGUUAUCAGUGUUUCAUUUAGCAUAUUUAGGUCUUAUGUUUGAUACAUCAGAAUUACAAGAAACAGGAUAUAGUUAUAUUCAUACUAUCGAGAAAUGGUCGCAACUUGGAUUUGCUAGCCACUGGGUAGUGUUUGCCACAUAUUGCAUAUAUUUUUUGAUUAGGUAAUAUUAGAUUUAAAAAUUACACGUUUAUUAAUCUUAAAUAAUUUACACAUAUGUUAUAUUAACAUAGAUCUACAGACACUAUCUAGGCAGGAAGAAUAAAGUACAGAAAUUAUAAAAUAAUUUAAACAGGAGAUGUAAUAUGAUCAUAGAAUUCUGAAAAUAAGUAAAAUACAUAGUCUUUAUUAAAUUUAUAACAUAAUAUAAAGUAGAUUUGCACGUAUGUGUAUAUAAAGCACAUUAAACAAUUAUUACAUUGCAAUUCUAAAAUGUUUAUAUGCUAUACUCAUUAAAUAAUACUUUAUUGACAUCUUAUGUUAUCAAACUUGAACAAAGUUAUACUAGGGGAUAAGAAUAUUCUUUUAAUUAAAAUACAAUUAAUUUUGCAAUUUGAUUUUGAUGCUAGUAAAAUAUACCAAUACACAACAGUAUACUAUAUAUUACAGCAUAAUGUAUCGUAUACUCUACAACAAGUUAAAAACAAAAAUAACACACUUUAGAAUUAACUACUCAUUUGUUCUUGUAUAAAAUAUACGAAAGAAUUUUUCUACAGGUUUACUUACAUAUUUAAGGCAAAAGUUUGAAACAUGUGUUUACAUACACACAUACACGUGCACACGUAUAUGUAUAUGUUCAUCCAUACACACCACAUACGUACACGCAUAUGCGAUUAACUACUAAUUUAAUAAUAAUGUACCUACUAUUGUAAAUAUACAAUUUUUCUAACACUGUCACGAAAGCGUAAUUAAUGCGUUAUACGAUAUUGUUUAAUAUUAGACAAUCAUCAGUACAGUAAGCGCUUUUAUACAUAAUAUUAUGAUCAGCUCCUUCUCAUGAUUAUAAAUUAUUUGUAAAAAAUGUUAUUUGUAAUA